GCGUCCAACCCGGAAGCUCAACCCCACCGUUCAAUCACUUCCUGCAGCCUUCCGCGCCCCGGCACGCCCAGCCUUGCCGGCUCGGAUCCAGAGGUGCGGCAGGCAGGAUGCGCCGCGCAGAAUCGCGGCCGCGGAGCGCGUGAAGAGCGGCAAGUAGCUCUUGGGCACGGUGCCGGAGAGAGCCUACCCAGUCUUCUCCGCCGGCGGCCCCGGGCCCGGGGUGCGCGCUGGCCUCCCCCAAUGAUCCAGAAGCCGCGCGCGGCGCUGCUGCCGUCUCAGGAUGUGGGAGACGGCGUGGAAACUCUCAUGGUGCACCCGGUGAUCAAAGCCUUUCUGUGUGGCUCCAUCAGUGGGACCUGUUCUACCCUCCUUUUCCAACCCCUGGAUCUCCUCAAAACACGCCUGCAGACCCUCCAGCCCUCAGCCCAUGGAUCCAGGCGUGUUGGAAUGUUGGCUAUGCUCUCGACGGUGGUUCGCACGGAGAGUCUUUCUGGCCUUUGGAAGGGGAUGACCCCUUCCAUUGUGAGGUGCAUCCCUGGUAUCGGGGUCUACUUUGGCACACUCUACUCUUUGAAGCAGUACUUCCUGCAAGGCUGCCCCCCCACUUGCCUGGAGUCGGUCCUCCUGGGGAUGGUUUCUCGCUCAGUUGCAGGGGUCUGCGUGUCACCUAUCACUGUGAUCAAGACACGUUAUGAGAGCGGGAGGUUUGGCUAUGAGAGCAUCUAUGCAGCCCUGAGGAGCAUCUACUGCAGCGAGGGGCACCGGGGCCUCUUCAGUGGUCUGACAGCGACACUCCUUCGUGACGCACCCUUUUCUGGAAUCUACCUGAUGUUUUACAACCAGACGAGAAGCAUCAUGCCCCAUGACCAGUUGGAUGCAGUCCUUAUUCCCAUUGUAAAUUUCAGCUGUGGGAUAUUUGCUGGCAUUCUGGCUUCACUGGUAACUCAGCCUGCAGAUGUUAUCAAAACUCAUAUGCAGCUCUCCCCAGUGAAAUCUUGGUGGAUCGGCCAGGUGGUGACACUCAUUUUCAAAGACUAUGGUCUGCGAGGGUUCUUCCAAGGUGGGGUCCCCCGGGUCCUGCGCAGAACUCUGAUGGCAGCCAUGGCAUGGACAGUCUAUGAAGAGAUGAUGGCCAAGAUGGGCCUGAAGUCCUGACAGAGAGGGGACCGGGAGAGAUGGGGUCUGUUGCAUUGCCUGGUGUGCCCAGGGCUGCAUCUCCAUCCUAAAGUGGGUGAAGUCCUACCUGGAGCACCGGGCCAAUGGGUCACCCUAGUUACCCAAUGCAGGUAGACAAUAAACAGGUGCAGCGCAAGCCUCAGAACUUCGCAGCAGAGGAGUCACUGCACAAGCAGCACACUGGGAGUUAGGCAGUUUGCCUGCUCUGCAAAGCUACUUGAAAAGGCAUUUCCAGAGAGGGCUCUGCCAGCCACCGACUACACCACAGGGCCCCUUUGGGCCUGCUCUUAGGCAAGGAUUCAUCCAGCCACUGAAGCCAUGGCCUGCCCGCCGUGGCUGAGGCAUUCCAGCUGGGGGGCUGGGUCUGCAGGGACAGCAGUCACUCUCCCCAGGCCGAUGUCUGUGCUGAGGUGAUGUUAGGAUAAGGAAGAAAAGAUGUUACAUGUUUAGCUCCUAGUCACCUUUUCAGAGGCUCUGAAGAAGGGGGACAGUAGCUUCCUAGCCUCUAAGUGUCCAAAUAAGUUUUUGAUCUUGGCCUCUGCACUGUUUCAACUCUUAAGAUGUUCUUGCAUUUUUCAGGAGCUAAAGUUUAGGUGAAUAAAAUAAAGCACUUUAUCUUGAAAACUGGAAAA